UCACAGCAAGAAAACACCGGUCUCUGCUCCACACUCAGUCAUACCAUCCUUGUUUGCAGAGACAGGUUUGUGGUUCAUCUUGUGCUGCCGUCUACAUUGAAGUGGUUUGCAGCAUUAGGCAUCGCUGCUAUUAAGAGUCCUGAACAAGAUAAACCUUUAGAGAUAUCCUUUGAUUUUUAGGAUUAUUUUAUUUAUGCAGAUUUGUGAUGAUUUUUCUUCAAAACUUCCUGAAUGUGUUGAUCACUCUGUCUCUGCUGAGCAGUCCUACCACCAUGGAGCGAGUCCCUCGGCUCAGUCUGUGGGGGGAGGUGGCUGACUUCACCUUCACCGGGUGCAGCCACUGGAGACUAAAGCCUCAGGUGUCCAUUCCCGCCUUGCAGGAACUCACUGUCUGCUUCAACCUGAAGUUCAAGACCACGGAGGCCUCCUCAUCACCAUGGACCGCUUUCAUGUACAGUCAUCCUGAGGUUCAGUGUGCUGAGCUGGGCUUGGGGGGAAAUGGGGGUCGUUUGGUGGUCUGGCUUUUUGGAACGGAGUGGACUACGCGUAGGAUCUUUGACCUUUAUCAGUCACAGUGGUACUCGCUGUGCCUGACCUGGACACAUACUGAAGACAGACCGGCCUUGUACGUCGACGGCAACCUGGUGGACAUCAUGACAGAUACAGCUCCCUCCAUUUCCCCCUCGUGCAACAAACUGGCCCCGAAUGGAACGCUUACUCUGGGUGCAGCACACCGCCUGGUUCCAUAUCCCACUCUGGUGGGCAAAUUAUCUCUGUUUCGCCUAUGGGGGCGACAACGCAGCGAACAGGACGUGACAUCGCUGAAUUGUACAGAGGGGGAGCUGGUGAAGUGGGAGAGAGACAACUGGGACACUCAGAUCUGCGCUCCAAUCCCUGAUUCCAGCCUCCAGUGCAAAUGGUCCGUCUACGAAGUGAGACUGAUGUUUGCCAUCAUCCGCACCGAUGGGAACAACACCGAGUUCUACACGGCCAGAGACAUCGCACAUAAAUGGCUCAGAAAAGUUCUGCCGGACAACAUCUAUUUAAACAGAGUGUCUGUGUUUGAAGUAACCAGAUCCAGUAAAGAAGACAGCCUUAUAAAAACAUCACAUGAAGACAGGCUGGUGCGGUGGUCUCCCACACUUAAGAGGUUUGACUGCCUGGUCCAUAUCACCGUUAUCCCCUGCCGGGAUGUGGCAGAUGUGAAAAAUGAGAUGUACACGGACCUUAAGAACGUCUACCAUGACCGCAGCGGUCAGCUGCAGCUGCUGACUGAUCCUGACAGCAUACACACCACACCUGUUGAAAAUUUCUCCGCUGUCACCGACAGUCCUCCUGAUGUGGUGACAGAGCCCACUCCAGUCACAUCCACCACAUCUCAAACCACAACAUCCAUUACCGCCACCAGCACCAUCACCAUCACUAGUGCCUCUACCGGUGCUCUAUCCACAGCCACCACCUUCACGACAAGCCCUGCAAAUAUCUCUGAGCUGUAUUUUGAGGUUCAGGUGAACGUUUCCAUAACAGGAGACUGUGACCCAGGACAGAUUCUUUCCACCUGGCUCAACUCCAGUCUACCUGAUGACAUGAUGACGGUGCUCAACCUCCAGCUGCUCCCCAAAGCUCAAAGACAUCAUCCUAACCCGCAGUCGAACCUCUCUACGUCUGGCAGAGUGUUUGUGCACAGAGUUUCAAGAGAGAGCUGUGUUUUCCAGGUUCGGGUCAUGAUGUCGCUGUCAGACACACAGGAAAUGGAAGAGCAGAUACGACACCUACUGCUGACGCCUUAUAACAACGGAUCCAUCUCCAUAGCAACCGAGGACAUACAGAUAAGUCGCAUACUGAUAGUUCAAUGCAACGCAGAAACCCACCAGACGAGGAAAGGCCUGUUUGAGUGGCCCGACACUUUAGGAGGAAAAAAUGCAACUCGGCCGUGCCCGAAAAACCCUCUCCGCCACGCCACCCGCCACUGUAAACUGUGCGUCGGUACACACUGGAUGGCUCCAGACCUGGAAGACUGUCAACUGGUGGUGGAAACCAUCCCUGAUCUGGACCAUGUCGAAGUCACUGCUGACAAUGCUCCGGACGUGGUGGAGAUGAUUGAGGGUUUACUGAGCAACCACUCCACGCUCAACUACCAGGAGCUGGUCACAGUCCUCAACAAGCUGGAGGACGUCGUCAACCUCAGUAGGGUCAUGCCAAACCUGGGCCAAGCGUUAAUCAACAUCAUCUCUGACAUACUGGAGUCUGACAGCAACCUGCUGCCUUUUACUAACACUAUCCUAAACAUCACUGAGGCAGUAGGAGACAUGAUGGAGGGCUACGAGGGCUCCUCCACCCUGGUGGCUCCGGCCAUUGCGAUCUCAGUGGUGGAUGUAGUUCCUGGACAGUUUAGCAGUUUGACUUUCGGAGUGUCAUCUGACCGCGCCGGCACAAAGCCGGAGAUAUUCAUCAACAAGUAUCCAUUUAACGGCACGGUGGCUUUCAUCUCCCUGCCGUCUGUCCUGCAGCACAACUUCCCACAGAACAGCUCCAACCAGAGCCCACCGAGGGUUAAGUUUCAGUUCUACGGCAUCCCAAUGCUCUUCAAGAGCAGCCAGAAAGGGCAGACUCUCAACACCUUCGUGGUUUCAGCCAGUGUGACCAACGCCAGCUCUCCAAUCAAGGACCUGGAAGAAGAUGUCAAAGUCACACUCCACCAUCUUAUACCCAAUAUAGAUAACAAGGACGUGCAGUGUGUGUACUGGAACUUCAAUAAAAACAAUGGACACGGAGGCUGGGAUGAUUACGGCUGCAGGAAACACAACAGCAGCUCCGACUACACGACGUGCCUGUGUGAUCAUCUCACACACUUCGGAGUUCUUCUGGAUGUCUCCAGGACUCAGCUGGACCCGGUUAAUGAGCAGAUCCUGACCAUUAUCACUUAUGCUGGUUGUGGAGUCUCAUCGGUGUUCCUGGGAAUCACUGUUCUCACAUACACAGCUUUCGAAAAGCUUCGUCGAGACUACCCCUCUAAGAUCCUCAUCAACCUCUCCCUGGCGCUGCUGGGCUUGAACCUGGUGUUUCUGGUCAACUCCUGGCUGUCCUCCUGGGGUCUAUACGGCCUCUGCGUGGCCGCAGCAUCCACGCUGCACUACUUCCUCCUGGCGUCAUUCACCUGGAUGGGAUUAGAGGCCGUCAACAUGUACUUUGCGCUCGUCAAAGUCUUCAACGUCUACGUGCCCUCUUACAUCCUCAAGUUCUGCGCUCUGGGAUGGGGGAUUCCUCUGGUGAUCUGCAUCCUGGUGCUCAUCGUGAACCGAGAGGCCUACGGCAGUCACCUCUACACAGAUGUUCAGCAGAGCUUACCGCCAUUGGACAACUCGGACAACUUCUGUUGGCUCCAGGACGAUGUGACAUUUUACGUGUCUGUGGUCGCCUACGCUGUGCUGGUCUUUCUCUUCAACAUUGCGGUUUUCGUGGUGGUUCUGAUCCAGAUUCGCCACAUGCGAGUCAACAGCCCGGCUGGGAUCCGCAGCGGACUCAUGCAUGACCUGAAGGGAGUCGCCAGUCUCACCUUGUUACUAGGACUAACAUGGACGGUUGGCUUCUUUACCUGGGGACCAGCCAGAGUCAUUCUGCUGUACCUCUUCUCUGGACUCAACACCCUGCAAGGACUUUUCAUCUUCCUCUUCCACUGUCUGAUGAAGGAAAAUGUCAGGAAACAGUGGAGGAUUCACCUCUGCUUUGGACGUUUCCGACUUGAAGAGUAUUCGGAGUGGAGCAACUCGGCAUCAGUCGGAUUCACAGCCAAACCCAAAUCAAAUCCUCCAAGAGCACCAGUACCAUCGGUCGGCUCGGUCAAGUCCAGCUCCACAGCCAGCACAUCGGCCUCCUCCGACUCCAGCCAGAGAGACUCAUCCUGCAAGAGACCAAACCUGGGCCUUUUCGUGAAUUCCCUGGUUCUCCCUCGUGCCCAGAGGAGUCCCUCAGGUACCGGAGCUCUGCCUUCCCAGAGGGGGAUGAACCCAACACCUGGCUGGAGGAAUCACUUGCUUGGCCAGCAAGAGCAAAGAUAAAACACACGAGAACCAUACAUGCACGAGACACAUUGCAGACAUUCAAAUCCCAGAAACUGGCAUGAAAAUGGAAACAGCAACCUUAACACAGAUUGUACUUCAAUGUAAGCCUCGAGAUAUGAAAUUAAUUCCAUUGUAUUCCAGCUUCAUUAGAUAAUUUUAUCAUGCAAUUCUAUUGUUUUUUUGUUUUUGCUAAAUAUUGUAAAAGAGCCUGUAAUUAUGAAGACAUGAGUAGUUGCAUCAGUUCCAAGGAGGAGUUGGUUGCCAAGCAACUGGUGAGUGGAGCCAUGGUGACAAUGAACCAUGGUACCACAGUUUGUAUGAGGAAAUAAUACAAAUUUAAAUUUAAGAUGA